AGCACCAACUAGGCAACUACCAACUGAUAGUAUUAUGGACGUCUUAAUAUUGUCUUCCCGGGCUGGAUCACAAACAUCUCUGAUCUCUCUGCAGAAACACAAUCGUCGCUCGAAUCUGCUUCUCAUUCUUUUUUUCUUGCUGAUCAUCAUGGGCGCUGCUGCUGCUGCUGGCUUCUUCUUCGUCCUGCUGUUCCUCUCUGUUCAAGGUGGUGCUGUUGGCUACACGAGAAGCGAUUUUCCUCGGGAUUUCGUCUUUGGAGCCGCCACCUCGGCAUAUCAGUAUGACGGCGCUGCUGCAGAGGAUGGCAGGAGCCCUACUAUCUGGGACACGUUCGCACAUGAAGGGAAAACGAAAGACAAAGGUACAGGCGAUGUUGCUGCAGAUGGGUACCACAAGUACAAGGGUGAUGUCAAGCUCAUGGCUGAAACUGGCCUAGAGGCUUACAAGUUUUCCAUCUCCUGGUCAAGGCUUAUCCCAAAUGGGAGGGGAGCUGUCAACCAAGAAGGGCUAAAGUACUACAAUAAUGUUAUUGAUGAGCUAGCAAAACGAGGAAUUCAACCCCAUAUCAUGCUUUGCCAUCUAGAUCUCCCACAAGCUCUGGAAGACGAGUACGAUGGAUGGCUAAGCCCUAGAAUUGUGGAUGAUUUCACUGCUUAUGCAGAUGUGUGCUUCAGGGAGUUUGGGGACAGGGUUUUGCAUUGGACUACUUUGGCUGAACCUAAUAUCGCUGCACUUGGAGGUUACGACACAGGAGUAUUAUCUCCAGGACAUUGCUCUGAUCCUUUUGGAUUGACCGAAUGUACAGUGGGGAACUCCACCGUGGAACCAUAUAUAACAGCUCAUAAUAUGAUACUAACACAUGCGGCUGUUGUUAGACUGUACAGAGAAAAAUAUCAAGCUCUACAAAAGGGGAUUGUUGGUAUAAACAUGUUUUCCUUAUGGAGUUAUCCAUUAACAAACUCCAUUGCGGAUUUGCAAGCAGCUCAAAGAUACAAGGAUUUCUCGUACGGAUGGAUACUGCACCCAUUGGUAUUUGGAGAUUACCCACAAGUAAUGAAGAAAACUAUCGAUUCUCGUCUUCCAUCCUUCAGCCAAGUCCAAACUGAACUAAUCAAGGGUGCUAUAGAUUUCAUUGGAAUAAACCACUACUAUUCAGCCUACGUGAACUAUCGCCCUUUGGUAGAAGGUGUUCGAGACUACGUUGCUGAUCGAUCAGUAAGCGCUAGAGUUUAUAAAACGGAUCCACCAACGGAGAAGUAUGAACCUACGGAGUAUCCAAAUGAUCCAAAAGGAUUGCAACUAGCGUUGGAGUACCUGAGAGAGUCCUAUGGGGAUUUCCCAUUUUACAUCGAGGAGAAUGGGAAGGGAUCUACAAAUGACAGUCUCGACGACCCUGAUAGGGUGGAUUACAUCAAGGGCUACAUUGGAGGUGUCCUGGAUGCAAUCAGGAACGGGGUUGAUGUGAGAGGCUACUUCGUUUGGUCAUUUGUGGACGUGUACGAGCUCCUGGAAGGCUACCAGUCGCGAUCCGGCCUGUACCGUGUGGAUUUCGACGACGGCGCGCGGCCGCGGCGAGCGAGGCGCUCCGCUCGUUGGUACUCGGACUUUCUCAAGGGAAAGAAGGAUCCCGUGCUGAUUGCUCCGCAGUGAAUCGAUCUCUCGCGUUGGCCAACCAAAUCGCUCAAGAAAUUUCUCGGUGACAAAAGCUGGAAUCUUUGUCUCGCCUAGACACAUUGAACUCUGGUUCAUGUGUUGUGCAGAGGCAGCAGCAGAACGCAUAUGAACAUGGUAGCCGAGCUAUGAAUAAUAAAGAAAUGUGACGGAACUGAAAAUCGUAUACUCCCUCCAUACUCAUAUUAGAUGUCGUUCUAAGGCCUUUGGUCCGUUUUCACAAUACAUGUCGUCGUUCGCCCGCGGGGUCGUGUAUGGCUCUGCGCUCGCCGUCCGUUGCGCUCGUCAUCACGUAUGCGUAGUUAUUGCAAGCAAAAAGAAAGUGAUCUCUGCACUAGCCAUUUGAGCUAUGAUUGCUUAUCGUACAGAAUGCAUCCACAUCCCUAUUUAUUAGGGGCAGACAUGAAAAAAUAUCUCUACUUAAUCACUCCUUAGUAUGCACAAUUAUGUCCUAAACGACUUCUAAUAUGAGUAUGGAGGGAGUACUCUUUAUCUGCAGAAUCCAAUGUCUGCAUGCUUA